AUGGGGAUCUUUACCAAGUUUCGCCUCUUUAACAGGAGGCUCGCACUCGCCUGUAUGCUCAUUGCCGUGUCGACUUUCAACUAUGGCUUUGACAACCAGGCGUUUGCGAGCACACAGGCCAUGGACCCGUUUGAGAAGCAGUUUGGCGAUUGGGAUGAGAAAAAGGGGGCGUACGCUCUUGAGCCGUACUGGCUGUCGCUGUUCAACAGUCUCAAUUACAUUGGCUUUGCCUUUGGAGUCAUUGCGGGUAGUUUCAUCUCGGCCCGCUGGGGUCGAAGGUGGUGCAUGUUUGCCAUGAGCGUUUAUGCUCUUGGUACCGCUACCAUUUCUGUCACGUCCUUCCACCGUGAACAGAUUAUGGCAGCCCGUAUUCUCAACUACAUCUAUGUCGGCAUGGAACUUGGCGUCGUUCCAACCUUCCAGUCUGAAAUCGUCCCCGCUCAAGCCCGAGGCUUCAUGGUUGGCUCAUACCAGCUCAGUCUAGCAGUCGGUGGCCUGGUCAUCAAUAGCGUCUGCUUCGGCACCAGCUUUCUCCCCGACAAUCGCGCAUGGAGAAUCCCUCUCGGCUUGUUUUACAUCGUCCCGACCAUUGUUGUGGCGGGUAUCUGGUUUAUUCCUGAAUCACCUCGAUGGCUCCUCCGAAAGGAUCGCGUUGAGGAGGCGUGGCAGAACCUUCGCAAGCUUCGAGAGGGCGCUUUCACUGAAGAGCAAAUUGAAGCCGAGUUCAAGGAGCUUCGUACCUCCCUCGAGCAAGAGGUUGAACAGGGUCGUUUCAUUGAGCUGCUUCAAGGAAACAACCUCAAGCGAACGGCUAUCGUCAUCGCUGUCAACUUUCUGAUGCAGGCCAGUGGUCAAGCUUUCGUGUCGCAGUACGGUGCUGUGUACGUCAAGACGCUUGGAACCAUCAACCCAUUCGGCUUCAACUUGAUCACGGCAGGCAUCAACAUCGUUACCUUGACUUGCAUUCUACUCUGGACGGAUGUUAUUGGUAGACGGAUCCUAAUGAUCGCGUCUUCCUGCACAAUGUUUGCAGCAAUGACCACCAUGGGAGGCUUGGGUAUUGAGAGCCCCGUCGCCGACGAUAGAAAGAAAGGUGUCUUGGCUAUGAUGGCCCUGUUUGCCUGUGGCUUCUCAAUGGGCUGGGCGCCGCUUGGCUACGUCGUCACCACCGAGAUCUCGGCUCUUCGACUUCGUGACUUGACCUCGCGAGUUGGAUUCACCACCAAUGUCAUCAUGAACUUCACUGUCAACUUCAUCAUCCCAUACCUCAUCUACGACCAGUACGCCGGCUUGAAUAGCAAGGUUGGCUUCAUCUUUGGCGGUCUCAUGGCGGUCGCUAUCGUCUUUGUGUACUUCUGUGUACCUGAGUGCAAGGGAAAGACACUGGAGCAGGUCGACUUCUUGUUCAACCAGGGCGUUCCGAUCCGGGACUUUGGCAAGACGGAUGCGGCGGCUAUGAUGCAAUCGGUCUUGGAGGAGGACAAUGGUAAGAAACACGACUCUGAUGUCGAGAAGGGCUCUGUUGUGGUGGGGUCCAAGCAUGAUAACUGA